CAUUUGUUUUGUUCUUCUUCCAUUUAAGGCUACAAUGGGGCGGGUGUUAGAAGUUGCACUUUUGUCCCUGUUUGUUAUGUCGCUUUUGAACCCUGACUCAACCUGGGCCAAAAGGGGCAGCAGCUUUGGAAAGAAAUCGACGCCAUCCAACCGUGGGACUCAAUCAAAGCCACCGAGCUCUCAACCCGGGAACUACCCGCGACAGCCUCAGGCUCCCAACCGCAACCCCAAUCCAUAUCCCGCUGGAGGGAGUUACCCAUACCCUGGAAAGCAGAAUCCACCGAGCAAUCCGGGUGCAGGGGGCAACCCAAAUCCUGCAGGUGGAUACCCUGCAGGAGGAUAUCCAAAUCAACCAGGGAGAGGGAAUUAUCCUGCUGGAGGCAACCCCGCUGCAGGUGGAUACCCUGCAGGAGGAUAUCCAAAUCAACCAGGGAGAGGGAAUUAUCCUGCUGGAGGCUACCCUGCAGGCGGUGGAUACCCCAACCAAAAUCCAGGCAGGGGAGGGUAUCCUAAUCAGUAUCCUGCAGCUGGGGGAUAUCCGGUGGCAGGUGGCUAUCCUAACCAAUACCCAGCCAGAGGAGGUGGUUAUCAGUACCCUGGAGCAGGUGGCUACCCGGGUGGCUAUGGCGGUGGAGCGGUUGGUGGUUACCCUAACUGGAACCCAAAUAACAAAAUCCUUAGCCCACGGUUUGGUGGAGGAGCAUAUGGAUAUGGUGGCCAAGGCAUGGGAGGAUCUCCUUUCUCUCGUUCUGUGCAGGGUAUGGGAAUUCAACCUAAGUCGACAAAUUUCGCCAAAAAAGCCAUGGUGGCAGCAGGUGUUGGCGCCAUAGCUGGUAUGGCCGUCGGUUAUGGGCUAGGGCGCUUCCCUCGACCCCAUUUUUCCUUCCGCAACCCCGAGGAAGAAUACUAUUACAACAACUACAUGUAUAAGAAAUAUGGGACCAAGUCAACGGAUGAAAAAGACUAUGGGCGUGACUAUGUCAUCAAGCCUCCUCCACGAGCUCAAAGCUAUGAGGCCUUCAUGGAUGGCUGCAUGAAUCGCACUGACCUCCUCAAAGACUCUUCCAAAAGUGGAGCAAAUGAUGAGGAUAACGACACCGUCAGCAUUGAGGAAAUUGGUUACCCAGCUCUGAUCGACCAAGUUAAGACCCGGCGUUGUGUGGAGGAGUACAUGAAGUACUCUGCAAAGUUUAUGGAAAAACGAAAGCCUGAACAACAAUCUCAGCCAAAUCAUUGCAGUCCUAUGAGCUAUGGAGUGAUGCAGCUUUUCUCCUCCAGCCUCAUGCUUCUGUCCAGCAUCCUGUUGCUGCAGUGAGGAAGAAGAGUAUGAUUCCUUUCUGCCAUGUCCUAACUAGAUUUCCCCUGCUUCCAUUAUGGCUGUAACAGCAUGUCAUGUCCAUCUAAUCUCACGGUAUUAACCAUCGCUGCACAUUCUUACAUGCUUUGAUUAACAUUUCAGCAGAACAUUGUAAUCUGGAUUAAGUUCAUGUUGCAAAUGAUGCAGAGUUCUUCAGAUUAUAUGUUGAUUUAUUGCACCUUUUUUUUGCUGAUUUAAAAUAUAUAUAUUUAUUUAUAAUCCUUAAUGCAUAGUAAAGAGCAAAGCUACUGAUGGAAGUGAAUGUCUAAAUUAUUUACAAUAAGAUAGUGGCCCUGUAGAUUAUUUUGCAAGAUCAUUUUGAGCAAAUGGAUUUGUAAGAAUUUAGUAUGAUGCCUAAAUUGUGUCAUUAGUCCAUUAUUAUGUGAUCCUCAAGAGGAAUCAUCCCCUUAGACACACUAUAUUCACUCUAUAUAGCUGUUGACUCUUCCCUCAUCACUUCCCUUUCAACAGUUAACUCUUACAUAAGCUUAUGUUUGGGGAAAAAGAAGGUCACAGCUGGUGGAAAAAAAUAAUAGUAAUGCUGGUAUUUAGGUUGGAAACACUUGAUUUUCCUCUUGGUCUUAACAUUUUCCUCUCCAAAACCAAAUCAGUGCUCAAAGUUGGGUUUCUUUUCUUUUCUUUUUUUUCUAAUAUAUUUUUUUGGAAUAGCAAAAUUAAAUUAAAUUUUUUGCUGAGAGGUUAGAAAGUAAAACAAUUGUGAUUAAAUAAAAAAAUUCUGCUAUUUUAUUAAUAUAAGAACUUGAUAAUAAUAAUGACUGUUUAGGAUGGAAAGUGGAAAAAAAAAUCUGUUUGAUUGUGAUUAUUUCAAUCUAAAGGAAUUAAAGUGGCAUAAAUUUGACAAAAAAAAACCCUAACAAAUUUCUCAUCAGUGCAUCUUUAGUAAUUAUCUGCAAAAUCAAAAAUGAUUAAUUGACAUAGAAUUAUUAAUUUAUAUACUUCCUGUGCUGCUUUGAACUUCACUCCCAACAUAAUGCACUCUGGAGAAAAUUACAAACAUUUAAUUUAAAUAAAUCAGAAAGCUUUUUAUCUGAGAUUUAUCUGAUAAAAAGCUUUCUGAUGUGUGAUUUUCUGUUAUUUCCUGUAUUUUGAGGCUUUGGAUGAAGAAGCAUCCGUCUGUGAUGAUGCAAUGCUUUCCACAGCUUUUGCAAAUGCUCUGUGCGUUUGUUGUUAGUGAUGCUGGAUGCUUUUAACCUGCACAUUGAAAAUAUUGCUAAUGGUAUAGUAAUCGCCACAUGUAGUUCCUAAUCUACUUGUGUAUCUUUAGGGAGGAGUUGUUGACACUGAUGCUGAGAAAGUUGUACAAUAUACUGAGCAUGUGUUUUUAGUUUUACAGUCAUUGUUGACUUUCAUUUAUUGCAGCUUACUUUAUUGUAAGAAACUUCAAUAUAAUUCUCUGUUUGGCCUUGUUCUUGUUCAAAUAUCGCUGUAAAUGCAUGUUUUUUUUCAGCAUAUUCACCUGUCAGUCCUUUAUAGCUUUGUGAGGGAUUUCUUUGUUUUGGUAAAUAUCUCAGUAAGUCAUCCUGUCUUCAGGAUGAAUUAAAAAUGCUGAUUUAUGGUAAAUAAAAUGAUUUGAUUUUUACUUUCUAAAAAAAACAAAAAACCUUUUGGUUUCUGUUUCUAUUAGAUUGUAAGGAUUCCUGAAUGUGCAUUUUAAAUGUUUCUACUCAUUGUGUCUUUUUACAUUAAUUCAAUUCAUUCACAGAAUAAAAUAAACAUGGUUGAUUUUAUCUGGUUUCUUGACAGGAUUUCUUUGUUAGAGCAAGUAGACUUUCUCUGUAGAAUAUCUGCAAAGUGCACUUAUUUCCCUUCAGAAUUGGAUAUUCUUUAUUGAAGUUUAAUAAAUGUUAAUAUAUGUUAGGAUUUAUUUUCAUAUCAUUUUACAUCAGUUGUGACUCUAUCCGAUUUCUAUUAUGGUUUGUUAUGGAUGUUGAUGUGUUUAAUAAAUGUAAUUUGUCUAAGGCCAAA